AUGUUGAGUCAGCGUCUGCAACGGGCGGUCCGGCAGCUUACGCAAAGAUAUGCGGGCACACUUCGCCACGCCGGAGCCCUAUUUAAAGCGGGUCACCGCCUCGAUAAUGACCAGUCUCCGCCGGCAAAACCUGUCCAGCAGCAGCAGCACAGAUCAAGAAGAAGGAGAUACAAAUUGAUCGAACAAGGGAGGCCAACAUCCCGGCCGAAACACCUGAAGCCAGCGACACGAGGCCCCCUGAAGCCACUAGGAGCCGUCCCGGCCCAACCAAUCCGGAAACAAGGAAGACAAAACGCGUUUACAUUGAGGACACGAAACCCAAGGAUGCUUGAUCCACGACGGCGAGCCGAACUGGCGGGUACUCUUUUCACGCCGUAAUCAGGUCACCAUGAAAGGUACAAGGAGAUCUAGAGGAGGGUGUGUGACGCUUAAUGCGCACAAUAACAUAUAAGCUUCCUAAG